AUGGAGACCGCCGUGAAGAGCUGCAACGGAGGAAGUGAGCCCAAGGAUUUGGCCGUGUCGCUGAACCACGACCUGAGCAUGCUGAGGAUCAUCGAGACCUUCUCAGAGAGCGCUCCUCAGAUCGUCCUGAUGCUCACCGUCAUCCUGCAGGAGGAUCGUCCGGAUUCCAUCACAGUACUGAAGACCGUCGCCUCGCUGCUGACCGUCGCCUAUUGCGUCACCAUGUACCACCGCUGCAUGCGCUCCUUCCUACCAGACAAAAAGAAGCAGAGCAUCAUCUCUUCCAUGGUCUACUUCGUGUGGAACCUGCUCCUCCUGUCGCCUCGCAUCGUCGCCCUCGCCCUCUUCGCCUAUGUGCUGCCCUGCUUCAUCGUCGCCCACUUCCUCUGCUCCUGGCUGGUGCUGUUCUUCUGCGCCUGGCGUGCAAAGACGGACUUCAUGGACAGCACAGGGGGGGAGCAGCUGUUCCGGGCCACCCUGGGCCUCAUCUGGUACUUUAACUGGUUCAACGUGGGGACAGGGAAGACCAGGAAGUGGACCAUAGCGUACCACGCCUACAUCCUGGCUGAUAUCUCCCUCCUCUGUGGGCUGUGGUUCUGGAGGAUGAGCGUGUAUCCUCCUUACUCCCAGAUCUCAUGUUUCACGGCUUCCAUCAUCUACGGCGUUGUGGUUUUGGUUUAUGCGGUCGGGUUGGUUUGUAAGGUGGUUUAUUAUCUGUACUUCCAUCCAAAUGUUGAAAGAAAGGAGGAUCUGAAGGGCGAGGAAGAUGAACUGGACUCCAUUGUUGCACAGGAGAAUGGGGGAUUUCGGUCAGUGGUCCCGCAGGGUCACUGCAACAAGAGGAUGCAGAAACUGGCUCAGAGCUUCUACGUCAAACCAGCUGCUGGUGUUGGAGCCUGA